AUGGAGCGCCCCGCAAAGCGACAGUGCCUUUCUUCGCCGCCAGGCUCCCCAGCAGAGGAGGUGACUGAGGAGUGGGACCUCCAGGCCGCACGCGCCCAGAAUGAUUUGCGACUGAAAUCGAUUUUCGAAGGGAUAUUCUCUAAAUACGGCAAAGACUUUACGGACGUGGGUGAUGAGAUUGAUCUACAAACCGGAAAGAUUGUGGUCGAUAAUGGUCACCUAUCGGGGAUGCGCGAAGAAGUCGACAUUCGAGACGAACAGGCACGGGCAUGGCUCUAUGAGGAUGAUUUGUCAGAUGAAGAUGCGGAGGAGGAUGACAUAGAUGAGCGCCAGGAACCUUCUAUGCGAAGCCACUCGGACGUCGAGGUACCAUGCACGUCUGGCGCCGGUGAUCAGACCGCCAAUUCCUCAUGGGCUUCAACAGAACAUCAUCAACUUGGCGAGAUAGACAACAAACCUGUUAUCGACCGGCAAAACGGUCCAGACCAAUUCCAAAAUGACCGGCCAACGGACCCUGUUUGGCAAGCCCCCGAAUUGCCCGCUUUCUUCUCCACGCCCAAAGCCGAAACAAAGCGGAAAGGGGGUCCGAAACUUCCAUAUCUCGAAAGGGAAGCAUCUCCACCAGGUUCUGGAUCUUUAUGGAGCGUGCCUCGACGUGGCCGUCCACGUACAGAAGUCAAACCCAAAACAACCCCGAGUGAAAGCCGGCUCCGGGCGAAACGAAAGUAUCAUUCCAGUCCCGUGGCGCACGACUGGUCAUUUGCAGCCACGCCAGAUGGAGAUGAAUCAGACGAUCCGCUUCAAGAAUUCCAACCUUCGCCUUCUCUAUCGAAAGGCGUGGUGAGGAAUAUACGCGGGAAACGCAUGCAGGCCUCGACUCGUACAGCUCGCCUACCAUCUCCCCAUGCACGGCUCCCGCCUUGCCCAUCCCGGCCUGACCAAUCGGCUACGGGAGCUAAAGAUGACAAUAAACUUCAGAACCACGCGAAAAAAGCUGCAGAAAACCAUGUGGCAUUUGACGCCUCUAAUUCACAAGACGAUUCUCCUGCACAUUCCCAGUCCCACGUUUUUUCUUCUACCAUGGCCUCGGAAAAAUCUGUCAAAUCAAAGCGAGGCAUCACGCCCGACGACGCCAAGCUGGUGGUUCGCAUGAGGCACAUCCAAAAGAAAAAAUGGAAUGAAAUCCACGACCAUUUACCCCAUCGGAGUAGGUCUCAGAUUUAUCAAUGGAAUUUAGCUCAUUGGACAGAACGCCGCGCAAACCCCCCUCAGCUAUCUGCUCCGUGGACCCAUUCCGAGCUUAGAACUUUGGAACGUCUAAAAGAUGAAUCCGGUCUUACAUGGCUGGAUAUUACAAAUCAAAUUCCACAUCGUACCAAAGCGGAAAUUGAGUUUGAGAUGCUCAGGCUUUGGGUUGGAGAUGAUGUAUGGCAUGGCCAUGUGGGCCGAGCGCCCGAGCGUGGAUUUGAGCAGAACAAGGAAGUCGGUAAGGUUGAGCAAGUACAUGAAACAGGGCAAAUUGUUGCUUCUUUUGAAGACCACGUCGAGGCUCCUGCGGAGACAUCGUCCCCAGCACCUUCUGAGUCAGAUUCUGUGAAGAACGAACAUCCACCGGUAUUUGAGGACCUCGUUGAUGACGACGAUGGCUUGAUCGACGACAUCAGUAACGUAUCAUCGCCUUCCAAGCUGUCUGCCAUUCACCUUGAUAGCCCAACCGCCAGCCGACAGGGAUCUAGGACACCGAAGAGAGCGUCCCCGGUGAAGCAUUUGAAGUUCACAAUCUAA